UGCAUAGUGACGUCGCGGUGCUUCAUCGACCGACGGAGGCUUACAAAGCGGUGACGUUUACAGUAGUAUCGAUUGUUAACGGGCUUGAGUAACCAGCUGCCACAUUGCAACGCAAGACUCUAUAGCUAGCAAACCGCUCUCUUGCAGCAGCAUACAGAGACUGACAAGCGAAGCUGUGGAGGGACGCUGACAUUUCGGCCGAUACCAAUGGGGCUGGAGUUUAGGCCGACGGACAGCGAGGGUAUCUAGUGGGUGUGUCCCAGACUCCGUAAGGACUCCAGCAACGCGCUCUCAGCGAAUAGUUUUAUAGGACUAGAGCGAUGCCUGGGGAUUCUUGCGGUAAGGUAUCGCCGCCUGGGCGAGUCGGUCAUGUUCCUUCGGCGUCGGACGCUGUACCUCCAAUGGCGCAGAGCACUGGCAGUGGUAGCAGCGGUAGUAGCGAGGUUCGAGAGGGACUUCAGCGCUCGACUUCGUCGGGUCAAACAGUUGACCCGCACACGGUUGGUUUGGCGUCCUCUGCCGGCGUCGCCAUUUCCAUUCCAAGCGCUAGGGAACAGCACGCGCUUUGGCACGAGCAGCCCCAUGCGCAAUGGCCACCUCUUUCCCUUUCCGAAAGAAACCGCUUGGUAGAGGAGAAAGGCCCUGAAGCGGGCCGGGUUGUACAUUUCCAUCCUCGUGAUUUGGUUGGCAACAAUGACGGUGGCUCCGUCGCAUUGUCUGCCCCCGUGUCACAUUACGCCCAAGAUGCGCUUGGGCCCAAACAGCUGCUUUUGGCACGCAAUUUGAGCCAGGAUUCGUACGACCAAGCAGGAGCAACAGCAGACCCUGCCGACAUCCAUCCUCCUGGCGGGCCCUCAGCUCUUGCCAAGCCCAGCUGCGAGACAGCCUCUAUGCAGGGCUGUCUGGAAGAUCCCGCUGUACGGCAACCCGGUGCCACGACGCAGCCGGCCUCGCCUGCUCCCAGGGUGAUGGCGCUUGCUGCAGCUGCCGCUGCUGCCGCCGGCGCUGCUGUUGAGGAGGUGCAGCCGGGUGGGUCCGGCAGGUCACCGAGGGGCAGCAGCGGACUGACGGCCGCCGCGGAUGCACAGAUGGCGACCCAACGACAUGCGGCCCGCAUUGCGCCGCAGUUCCAGCCUGCCGCUGCCGGGAGUGAUGCCAGGGUCCGUGUUGGCGGCGGUGACAGCGAAGCGGAGGCGGGGGAGGAUGCUGAUGUGGAGGCGGCCAGGAUGGGAGCUGGCAGGGGCCCUGAUAGCGGCGGCAGUGGCGGUGAUGCUGCGGAUGACGAGGUGCCGCAGGCGCUGCUCCGAAGCAACCAGCAGCAACCGCAGCCAGCAGCCUUGGGGGGCAGCCAUCCUCCGCAGCAGCCGCUUCGCAGCCACCACCACCUCAUCCAACAACUAGCCCAGGGGCUUGCAGCCGACCUGGACGGCGGCGGAGGCGGCGCCGCCGCAGCAGCAGCGGCCCUGGCCGUCGCCGGAGCUGCCGUACUACCAUCCUCCGAGCGCUGCCUGCCCGCCGGCGCCUGGCAGGCGGCUGCCAAGGUGGCUGCGGAGGCUGCCAGCGAGCAGGGCGGAGAGACGGAGAGCGGGCAGUUCGACGCCGCAUCGCUCAAGGUACCGCUGCCGGGCGCCGUGGACGUGACGGUGGCGGUGCGGGUGGCCAACGGCGGUCGGGCGAACGAUGACGAGACGCGCGGCGGCGGGUUCUACACGCGCGGGCCGGUGUGCGGCGUGUUCGACCCCAAGCUCUACAUGAGCCGCAUGGACUGCAUCCGCUACCAGGGCUACCUGGUCAGCAGGAGCCACUUUGAAAAGGUGGGGGGCAGCAACAUGGCCAAGUGGUACCGCUCCAUCCGUGUGCUGCCCGACCUGGAGCCGCUUGGCGAGUGGCUGGAGCGGCACGGCCUGCCGGUCUUCAAGGGCGCCGCGCGCCGCAGCCGCCCGCGCAGCCGGCUGCAGUUCCUGCUGUCGCCGGCUGCCAUGGGUCUCACGCCCAGUGAAAUUGCGGCCAGUGCUGGGGCUGCGGGCGGGGGCGCUGGUGAUAGCGCCGGUCUUUCGCAUGCAGCACGGGGAGGGUACGGCGAGCCGUACGGCGCGCAGGGAGGAGCUGGUGAAGAGCCCAGCGAGCCCCCGUCUGAGACGCCGUCCAAGCGGCGGGCGGCAGCUGCCGCUGCAGCGGCGGCGGCAGCGGCGGCUAACGACAACUGCGGCGGCUCCUCCUCCGGCGCGGACGGCGAUGAGACCUUCCGGCCGCCCAAGCGACGCAACGCUGAACCCUCGGAGCCUUCCCUGCGUCAGCAGGAGCAGCACCACCUGCAGCUGCUGCAGCAGCAGCGGAGUGAGUCGCAGUUCCUGUUGGCGCGGCGGGCGGCGGCGGAUGCGGGGGCGAUGGUGCGACAGGGCUCGGCGGGCAUGCCUGCAAGCGGUGGCGGCGGCGGGGGAUCCGCAUCUGGGUCGGAGCGGCGCGGCAGAGGCGGGGACAGGAUGCCGUCUGAGGAGCCGAAUGAGGACGAGGCGGAGGGCACAGCGGCGCUGAUAUCGCUCAGCGGCCUGCCCCGGAACGCUGUCGAGGUGGUGGAGACGGUGCGUGGUGCGGUUUCGCCGAGAAGACUGAAGCAGGUGCCGCGACGGCGGGGUGGUGCCGUCAAGCGGGAGAGCGGGGAGGAGGAGGAGGUGGAGGAGGACAGUGGAGGCGAGGGUGAAGCGCGUACGGAGGCCGUCGGCGUCGGCGCUGACGGGGGUGGCAGGUACGGCAGGUGUGGCCCCAUGGGUGCGCAAACCGAGCAGUUUGCUGGCGGCAGGGCCGCCACGGCGGGAGCGGUGCCGCGGGGAGGGCCGUACGGUGCUGCCGUACCAUCGGGCGCUUCCUCCGCCGCCUUUGCUGUCACCACCGGCGCCAUGCGGACGCAGUCGGGGGGCCUAGCGGGGGCUGCUGGUCUCCCGCCCUCCGCGGCGGCGGCGGCGGCGCCAACAGACAUGGGUGCGGCUCGGCGCGUGCUGACGAGGAUGAUGCAUGUCGAUGCAUCGGUGGCGGCCAUGGCGUCGGCUGCAGGGCUGCGAGGCAGGGGGGUGGUUGGGGAGCUGUCCGAGGACACACUGGCUGCGGCAGCAGCAGCGGCGGCGGCGGCGGGCAAGGGAGACGUGCGGCUUGCACACGCUCGGGCGGCUUGGGCCGCAGCGGGUGUGGACGCCUCUGCAGGUGCGGACGCAUUGGCGAGCAGCCCGGGCGUCGGCAGCGGUGCUGGUGGUGUUGGCUUCAUGGAGGGACAUGGAGUGAUGGAUACGGCGGCGGCUGUGGCCAGGGCUCGUGCGGCAGCAGCCGCUGCGGCGACUGCAGCUGCAAAAUCCGCCGUCGCGCGGGAAGCGUCCAUGGCAGUAGCAGCGGCGGCAUCGAAAGGCGGCUUGCCGCUGCCACCCCCGCGCAACGGCAGGUCUCCCCUCCUUGGAUCCGCCGCCGACACCGGCGGCGGCAACGGCAAUGACGACCGAAGCAUGGAGGAGGCGGAGCCAGGGUUUAACCAGGGCUACAAUGCUGCCGAGGAAAACGGCAUUGACGAUGACUCAGCACUGGUAGACGACACGCAGCUUCGGCUUCAGCUCAUGACCGCCGGUGCGCCCGCGCUGCUGCUGUCCAUCCGGAUCGAACAGGAGCAGCUGCUGCGGCGGCUGCGGCAGCUGCAACAGCUGGAGCGGCGGCUGCAAGUGCUGCAGCAACCGCCGCCGCCGCUUCCGCAGCAACAGCAGUUCAAGCAGCAGCACGGAGGAGGCGGCGGAAUGGUAGGGCCAGCUGGGCUGCUCCUUGGUGGCAUGGGUGCCGGCGGCUUUCGUGGCCUGCCCCGCUUUGCCGAAGCUGGCGGAGGUGGUGGUGCUGGUGGCGGCAUGGACGGCGGCUACCAUGCAGCAGCAGCAGCGGCGGCGGCAGCUGAGAUGGCGGGUCGGGGCAUGCUGGGCCUGCCGCCAGGGGUUGCGCUAGCUGCGGCAGGCCUCAACGGCGGCGGCCUGGGGGCCAGCAGCCGCAACGGCGGCGGCCGUGCACGGGGUACACCUCCUCCCCCCGCGUACGUCAGGAUUGGGAGCGUACGCAUGGUCGGCAGCGGCCCAGGGCUGCCGGCUGCGGAAGAUGAGGAGUUGCCCGUCGGCAGCGGCGGUGGUCUUUCGGCGGCGGCUGUUGCUGCGGCUGGGCUGACGCAGGAGGCGAUUAACGGUGUGGUGAUGCGGCAGCUCAUGGCGCAGGCUCGUGGCUAUGAGGCGCCGCCGCCAGGGGCAGCGGGUCGGCCGCCGACUGGGAGUCGAGCUGGCAAUGUUGGCGGCAGGGUGCCUGCGCGCGGGGAUGUUGCGUCGGUUCCGCGCAUUCCGCAUGUGCCGUACGGGAUGCCGUCGUACUCACGCCGUCCACCGCCGUACGCGGAUGGUUCUGCAGGCGGCGGCGAGUGGGCGUAGUAAAGCAGAAGGGCGAGCGAGGGUUGGGUUGUGCAUGUAAGCAUGGUGAGUCAAUUGUGGGGGGCCAGGAGCAUCGUUUGUGAGCCGGGAAGGAGGCGGACAGCAACCGUUUUCAAGCUGCGACUAAGUAAUGGAGGGUGGCGUGCAUAAUUGUUCUUUUUUUGCCAAGUUCAUACAUGGGCCUGCUCAUUCUUUUAACUGGGGGGGGGUGUUUGGGUGGUCACGUUUCCUCAUUCCCAUGCCCAGUAUGGGUGGUAUCUCAGCAACGAGUUCUUAUUGAAGCCGCACCCGGGGUGCGUGUUUGACCUGGGCGCUAUGUGUCUAUUGUGGUUAUUGCGGACAUGCGAAUGCUAUCAGCGGUGCUUGCAUGACGACCUAGGGGCAUGCAUGUGUGCAUCCCAUCGGUGUUGGCACAGUUACAGUUUCAGUCUGUACGCGUGUACAGUGUGUCCGUACGAGCCAGGGGGGCCAAGGACACUAUAAGAAUUAAAUUCAGUCUGAGUAAGGGUCCCCUACAGGCCUCCGUUUAGGGGCUCUGCGCAAGUGGUUUCUAGCAGACAUGCGGGUCUCCCAAUCUGGUGGCAGCUCUCCUGCUUUUAGCAACCGCACACGGGGGAGAGGGAGGGCGUGGAGCGAUCAGCUAUUCGGUGGGGUGGGAGGUAAAGAGGAAGAGAGGAAUAACCGGUAACCAUGUUUCAAGGCAUUCGAUGGAGUUGAUGGAGGCAGUUGCCGUGCCAUGCCGUUCUGCCAAUUGGGCUGCUAGGUACAGGUCAUACGUUUAUCUGGAUACCUCUGCCUGAUAACACUGUGCGUGGGUUGCAUGCAUGAGUGCAGCUUCAAGUUAAGAAAACUUAGUAAGGGAAAUGCUGUGUUUAUUGUAUUACUACGGUUUGCUGCGCUAAAGCUAAGACUACCAUAAACCAGUGGACAGACAGCGCCUGGGGUUGCAGCCACUAUACGUGGCCAGAUUCCGAUUCUGACGUGCGCAAUGAAAGCGACGAACAUGAUUUUUGUUUGUUCUUUGGUCCUUGGCGUCAAUCACCUCGUCUUCGCUGCCGUACAUGCGCACAGCGGCGAACUUGUUGGUGCCACACGUGCAGCGCCGCGCUAGCAAGCACUUGUGCUCGUCCCCUGCUGUGCCCUUUCGUCCGCUGUGGGUAUAAUCGGGACGUGCAUUCGGUGGGUAGCGAGGCACGGGUGACCCCAAACAGCUCCAGUAGCAUGGAUGCGUUCAUGGGGAGCAUACGGAUGCGCAGCCACCCAUAAGGAUGCGCAGCCGCCCUGUGCCCGGACGAUGUGGUUCUUUCUUUGUGGGGUUCUUCUUGUUGAUCUUUGCAGUCUCCAGCUGUGAAGGAUGCUUCCAGUUUUUUCCCUUGGCUGGAAGACUAGGGCUGUUCUGGGCGCGUUCUUCCUGCGGUAGAGCGGUAGGGACGUUACGCAUGCGCUGCUAGGGGGGGCUAUGGGCAUCCUCCUCCAUCGCACCAUGUUGUGCUGGCGGAGGGUGUACAAGUUUCGGGCGCCCUCCUUUACCAUCGUGUUUGUUGGCAAGGCGUCAACGUGCCUCACGUAGGGCUGAGGAAGCCCGUGUAUGGCGUCUAUGAUUCCGGCCAAUAACUGCUUCCCUACCAAAUGUGUACAGGGUUCAAGAACGACUAAGUCCGUACAAUGGACCCAAGAAUGUGUAUCCAAGCUGUGAUUGAUGGUGUUUGCGUCUUGGGUUUGGACUGGUUUGGGCCAUGUUUCCCAUCUGUGAUAUCCCGAUUUGGUUGCAUGACGGCCUGACGUGUGCGCCUCACAAGUGUAGGACUGUUGUGUGAACAAGGGUUUACUCCCAAGGUGACGUUGGUGGUUGUGUUACGUGUUUAGUAGCAGUAGGUGUGGUGGUAUGGUGCACUUAGUUGGAUCGGGGCCCUCGGACUUAUAAAUGUUUUGGACGGUUUUACAUGUCAGAUCACGCAAUGCGGUGCACGCGUGGGCAGCCAUCCGGGUGCCGGUGGUCGGUCAUGCCGUUGACUGGUCUUCACUCACACCCUUUCACGGACCCAUGACCUCCUCAUUCAUCCGAAGGUGACAAAGGGCCCCGUCGUGUAAUUUCUUGAAUGAUACGGUGUCACGCCUUGUUACUGGCCGGGUAGCUCCUUCCUCUACUUCCGCGGCCGGAUGUCUGCUAGGAUUGAGCUCGUAGCAACUCGGCACGCUCCAUAUACCCGUAGAGCCUCCCAUGCACAGGAAAGUGCGCGGGCAAACUCAAGGGUCGAAUAGAAAGGUCGAAACCUAAUGCUACAGUCACAGAGUACGGCUGCUUAUGCCGUAACAGUUCAUUGGGUUGACCUGCACUGCUAACUUGUACUGGUACUGCAGUGUAAUCCUGGCUUCCUAACUGGUGCUGCUGGGCUCACGGCAACAAGUUAAUGAGACCCCCGUCAGGAGCUUCUUGUUGUGCGGGGCAGGCCUUGCGGGCAAUCCGGGAUGGCAGUCCUGCGAACUUGCCAGCAGCAUGGUCGCGGAGGAUAGGAUGCGGCUGUCUGGUGUCAAGGCUGUGGGCGACGUGAAAGCCGUAUGCGCGUGUCGGUGUUCAUAGGGUAUACCGAUUGGCUGACCCGUGGGUCGUCCUUGGCGGUUGGCGUUCUGAGUGCCAGCCCUACUGAGACGUGUGCCUCUGUACCUGUGUAACCGCACGUCUCCAAUCGUUGGUUAAGGGGCCGGCUUCCGUACACAGUCCAUGGCAGGCGCCGAUUUCCGUACACAGUCCGCUAACGAGAAGAUGCGGGACCCCGCCUGGUGUCGCUGCUCUCAAGAGUACCGCGACCAAGGUUCGUCAACUCCCAGUGGUACAGCUAUACUGCGAUGCUUAUAGAUCCAUUCGUAGAGCUGGACACCGGGGCCAAAACUAUUGGUGUUGGAAUCAUAAAGAGGCACUGCAUGUAUGCGCCGCUUAAGGGAGCCUGCUUGUGGGAAUGGGGCUGACGGUAUUACAAUUUUACUUGGGUCUUUCCUUGCGAAUAGGUUGCAUGGGCCGGGAUGGGCUUUUAUCGCGCUGGGCUGCUUUUCAAACGCCUUCCAACGCAUUGCAGAUCUACGCCUCAGGUCAUGGGUGCUAGUGCGUGGGGUGAUGCGGCAUUCAAAGUUUUUGAUUGACGGCUCUUUGGAGAAUGGGUUCAUGUCCAUAACUUCGCUGUGUAGCGCUGGGUAUUGCUGGCGUGACUUCUGCUGGGCAUACAUCCCACGGUGCAGGCAAGAGGCGCUUUUCAACAUACGCCAAGGCGUAAACGGG